AGAAUAUAGAAACCUUGAACAAUGACAGACAGUCUAGAUACCGUCGACUAUGUUGUUAUAGGGAUCUAUUUUAUUGCAGUUUUAUGUGUCGGAAUUUGGUCAACAUGUCGUCCAAACAGAGGCAACACAACAGGAUACUUUUUGGCGGGAAAAUCAAUGCACUGGAUUCCCGUUGGUGCAUCAAUCUAUGCCAGUAACAUAGGAGCUCCAAUGUUCAUUGGUUUAGCUGGCACAGCUGCUGCUUCGGGGUUGGCUGUCACUAUUUAUGAAUGGAUUGCGGUAUAUUUCUUGGUAGCACUCGGAUGGGUGUUUCUACCGGUUUAUAUUUCGUCUGGGGUUUUUACGAUGCCAGAGUAUUUGCGGAAACGAUUUGGCGGGAAGAGAAUAAGGAUGUUUUCGUCGUUCUUUGCGUUAAUAGGAUUUAUUCUUUUUAACAUCUCGAUAGAAAUAUACUCGGGCGCCAUAUUUCUGCAACAGAUUUUGAAAUGGAAUAUGUAUUUAUGUGUUGUCCUGAUAUUGAUUGUUACAGCUAUAUUUACAGUUGUAGGUGGUUUAGCGUCCGUUAUUUACACAGACACCUUACAAUCAGCAGUUCUUCUUAUCAGUGCUACAAUAUUAGCAGUCAUGGGUCUGAACGAGGUCGGUGGUUGGAGUGGUAUGACAGCUAAGUACAUGACAAGUAUCGCCAAUCAAACUUUCAACAACCAAUCUUAUCAGGAAUGUAGUAAACCACGUGAGGAUUCGUUUCACAUCCUCAGAAGUCCAGUUUCCGGCGAUAUUCCAUGGACUGGUGCAUUUUCAGGAUUAUCGUUCUUGGGACUAUAUGUAUGGAGCCAGGAUCAGUUGAUUGUACAAAGAACUCUUUCGGCAAAGAAUAUGGUGCAUGCUAAAGCGGCAACAUUGUUUGCAUCUGUAUUAAAAUUGACCGGAUUAUUAUUAUUUAUAAUCCCCGGAAUGAUCAGUAGAAUACUAUACACAGAUGACAUAGCCUGUGCUGAUCCUAAAUCCUGUGAGGAAUUCUGUAAUAACAAAGCAGGAUGCAGUAACUUUGCGUAUCCAGUGUUAGUCAUCAGACUACUACCAAAAGGACUUCGAGGACUAAUGUUGGCAGCACUGUUAGCAGCGUUAAUGAGUUCGAUGACAUCUAUAUUGAAUAGUGGUAGUUCUAUUAUGACCAUGGACAUUUGGAGACAAUUCCGAAAGCAAGCACCACAAUCCGAACUGAUGAUUGUAGGAAGACUAACAGUUCUAGUACUUGUCGUACUAAGCGUGUUAUGGCUCCCGAUAUUAAAGUCGGCGGAGGCAGGAAUCAUUUGGUUUUACAUGCAAGCGAUCAGAUCUUACCUGAUACCACCGAUGUGUGUUCUGUUUGUCUUGGGUUUGUUCUGGAAGAGAUUAACAGAACAGGGAGCCUUUUGGGGACUAAUUCUUGGACUUAUUGUUGGAAUAAUAAGGAUGGUCUUAGAUUUUUCCUUUCGUGCACCUCUCUGUGGUAGUGGAGAUCCAGACAACCGCCCAGCAGUAGUGAGCAAAGUAGAUUUUCUACAUUUUGCAGCAAUAUUAGGUUUAGUCACAACAGGAGCAAUGAUUAUUAUUAGCAUGUUUACUGAACCAAGACCAGAUAGAAAGCUGAAAAGAGUAACAUGGUGGACCAGAAACGAUGAGGAUGAACCUGAAUUAUCUUCUGAUGAGGAAGAGGAUUUGGGGUUUGAUUCUGAAAAUGAACAAAGACAAUCCUCUGAAAAUGACCAAAGACAAUCCUCUGAAACAUUGAAAAAUGGAAAAUGUCAAAUGCUACAGAAAUGCAAAGAUUGGAUAUGUGGUACUAUAAAGGAACCAAAAUCUAAAUUAUCUCCUGAGGAAAAAUGUUUACUGAGAAAAAAGAUGACCUCCCUAUCAGAGAAAACAAGGAAUAGACGAAUACUAAACUGCACAGCUGUGUUAAUUAUAAUAGGAACAACAGUUCUCAUAGCAGCGUUUCACUGAAAGGACUCCAGUAAUAUAGCAGUAAUAUAGCAGUUUCACUGACAUGCUGUACAGCAUUGAUAUUUCACUGACAAGAACUAUAGUAUUUUUAGUAGUGUUGCACUGAAAAAAAAGCUACAGUAUUUAUUGCAGUGUGGCACUAAUUACAAGAACUGCAUAAAGGAUAGCAUGGUUUCACUGACAAUAACUACAAUAUUUAAGCAGUCAAUGGCGAGAAUUGCUGUAAAUGUAUAAAACAUUUGAUCACACAUGUACGUGUAACAUACGGCUGCUUAUGUGUCUUGUUUUUA